CAGGUCAUUAUUCUACAGAACAUUAGUUACAAAACGCCAUUAUCUUCUCUCCUCACUUCUUCAUCAGUCUUCCAUUGAAAUUGAAACGUCAUUUAUGGAUGUGUUCUUCGUGACUCAGAAAGGCUCACGGUUCUGCAUUGAAGUAGGUUACUGGGACACAGUGUUAGAGAUCAAAAAGAAGAUCGAGAAGUAUCAACGUAUCCCUGUUUCAAAACAAACCAUUUUAUUCCAAGGAAAUGUUCUUCAAGAUCAUCUUGACAUCGAACAAUGUGUGAUCCUUAACAACUCUCGUCUCCACCUUUACAUCUCUUCUCCCGACCAAAACCUUAACCAGAACCGCAACAACCAAGUGUUGAAAAUAGACCAAUCUCAACAGUCAAACUCAACAGAACAUAACAUUGACGGUCAUCAAGAUUCAACUGUGAUGAUGGCAAUGAACAACAACAACAACAAACCGAAGAAGCUGAGGGUAAUGGUGCUUCUGAAAGGCGGGACAAGGAAGAUCCCACUGGAGGUGAACGCAGGUGAUAACGUUGGAGAAUUAAGAAAAGAGCUGGCUAAGGUUCAACAGAGGUUGCAGUUAAGUCUACCUCAAGAUGGCUAUUUAUUUAUAUACAAACAGAAUGUAAUGAAAGAUGACCGAUCGUUCUGGUGGCACUGUGUUGGUCAAGGCGACACCAUUGAGAUUUUUAACGGAAGUGUUUCUGGUGGAUCUUAAUACAUACCUCCUAAAAUGUUAAAGCUUUUAACUCUUUGCAAUCUAUCUU